GUGAAUCAUAUCUGAUUUCAAUGAUCUGAAAAAAAAUAAUAAUAAUAAAAAAGAAUUAAAAAAAAAAUCACUAGGGACUGUCAGAAUGUAGGCCUAUAUGAUGGCCAAAAACGUUAAGUAUGACGUCAUUAUGACGUCAUCGUGGUCGGCGGAAGGAGACUAUGGAAUGAUAAGCAUUAUUGACAGCUAUGGCUUUCUCAAAGUUCUUCGUCAUCUUUACGAUGGUGAUAAUCCUAAUGGCUGACCAGUCUGAAGCAGAUAUGAACGUAAGACUUGAACAUUUCAAACACUACGCAAUAAUAGGUCAGCGUUCUGUCAUCACCUGUAUUGUGGACGAUCCACCUGACCGAGCCUAUAUUACAAUUCUUCGUAAUAACCAAGGCCCAUACGCUACGUUCUUCGUGCAAGUGCCACGAUGCUGUAGAAUCAUGAAGCCGUUUAAGGAAGGAUACAUUGCUGAUUGUCACCAGUACAACGUGGACCGAUAUGAUUUAAUUAUCAAGCAAGUGGACUUCAGAGACUGGGGUCCCUGGAAGUGCAGGGUGGUGGACAUUGACACGUCUAUUGGUGCCGCAUACGUUGGUGACGUGAUUGUAAAACAGGCGAAAGUACACCUAUCCACGGAAUCAACUCGCCCUAUGUUGUAUGAUGCGGUAAACCUGACAUGUCAAUUGGACACGGUGGCCCGUCUCAAGGCUGUGGUGCAGUUUUUGAGGGUAAGGCACGUAAACGCCAGUGUUUUCGGCUCGCUGUCGCAGGAUCUUGAGACAUGCUCUGUACUCAACACAACAACAGAAGGCUAUAACGCCAGAUGCGGGUUAGGAUCGAACAAGUCCGUAGCGAAUAGUAAAAUAUACACUAUGGAGAUAGCCAAGGUAUCAUACGAAGAUAACGCUGAUUGGUUUUGUCAAAUGAAAAACAUCGAGACUGGCUACGCCCAGAAAAGCAACAGGAUAACUCUGGCAGUAAUCUUUACGCUUAAAAGCAGUAAAGGUAUGAUGGCUAGAUCAGCCGGCAGCCUGGAUACUGGACACAUUGUGCUAAUCGCAUUGGUUGUAAUGCCUGUGGCUUUACUUGGAGGUGUUUCCAGUCUGUGCUAGCAAAAAAUUUAAACAACACACAAAGAAGAUUACUACGAAGACGAGGAUACGUUGAAGAGAGAGUUUUAGCACAAUAGUUCAUCUCAGACAGUGUGUACACUUCACAGACAUUAUAUUGCAUCUCAGUGUAUGCUCAGUGUAUGCUCAGUAUACUACCGUACAGACGUUACGAAUGGUGUUCGUUCUUGAAUCAUAUUGUUAGUGACGCAUUGUCUUAAAGGGACAUUCCUCAGUUUGCUGCAAUUUUUAAGAUGUUAUCGACUAACAGAGAUUUUUUAACGAUUGUAAUUAAAUAUCAAAUAUAUU